AAGACCUUGGUAUCAGUGCCUGAAGAUGCUGAGAUGCAACCAGCUUGGAGACAUCUUUAAAGGACUGCACUCUAAAGAGUGUGGUGUGGUCUCCCCCUGGUGGAAAGCAAUUGGAACAAAGGUUUCUUCAUUUUCAAAGUGCAUCUCUCUCAAGUUAAGCCAUGGCUACUGUCAGCACAAUAUCUCCUACUUUCUUUUUCUUUCCGGAAAAUGAAGUUGUGGACCCAGUGAUAGUUCUUCAUUACAAUUACACUGGAAAGCUCAGCCGUGGAAACGAAAAAAAACUGACUAUCAUUGCACUUCUCAUUAUCUGUGGCUUUAUCAUCCUGGAGAACCUAAUGGUGCUGAUUGCCAUCUGGAAGAAUAACAGAUUUCACAACCGCAUGUAUUUUUUUAUUGGCAACCUGGCUCUCUGUGACCUGUUGGCAGGAAUAGUUUACAAAGUGAACAUUCUGAUGUCAGGAAACAAGACCUUGACUUUGUCUUCGAGGGUCUGGUUUGUUCGGGAAGGCAGCAUGUUUGUGGCUCUGGGUGCUUCUACUUUCAGCUUAUUAGCUAUUGCCAUUGAGCGGCAUUUGACCAUGAUCAAAAUGAGGCCAUAUGAUGCAAAUAAAAAGUACAGGGUAUUCCUGCUGAUUGGAACAUGCUGGCUGAUCUCUGUUUCUCUGGGAACUUUGCCCAUCCUUGGCUGGAACUGUAUUGGCAAUUUAAGAGACUGCUCCACCAUUUUACCCCUGUACUCCAAGAAAUAUGUGGCAUUUUGCAUCAUAAUCUUCAUAGCCAUCCUAGUGGCCAUUGUAAUCCUCUAUGCCCGCAUUUACAUCUUGGUGAAAUCAAGCAGUCGGAAUGUCACCAACCACAACAACUCAGAGAGGUCCAUGGCAUUGCUGAGGACUGUUGUGAUUGUUGUUGGGGUUUUCAUUGCCUGCUGGUCUCCCCUGUUCAUUUUGUUGCUGAUUGACGUGGCCUGCAGAGUGAAAGAGUGCUCGAUUUUGUAUCAAGAAGAUGGCUUCAUAGCCUUAGCGGUCCUCAAUUCAGCCAUGAACCCCAUCAUCUAUACGCUGGCCAGCAAAGAAAUGCGCCGGGCUUUCUUCCGCCUGGUGUGUGGCUGCCUGGUGAAGAACAAUGUCUCCAUGUCUUUGCCUGUCCAGCCCACCCCAGAUCAGAGCCGAAGCAAAUCCAGCAGCAGCAACACACCAAAACUGAAUGAUGAGCAUCUGCAAACGAAAGGUUUGUCAUGCAUCGCUGAAAAGAAUACAUCUUCAUUUUAUAAUGGAAAUGUCUGCAAAUGAAGUCUGCUGGCUGGGCGCUUCAAGGAUUCUUUUCCUGUGGCUUUUGGAGAGCCAAAGAGAAAGGUUUUUUUAGUGGCGUUUCCUGCACUUAACUCAUAGGAGGGGAAAACUUGAGAUGGCUACUUAAUUCUAAGUGCCUAUUUUGAGCACUGAGUUUUAGUUCCUGAAAGAGAGAUUCAGGAAAAGUUUGGCUGCCUCUGCAAGUUCUCUUAAGGGUUGUGUAACAAAAAAAGUGCUACACCUGACAUGGGUUUUCAACUGAAAAUGUGUAGUCGCUAGAGACAUGAUGUAGAAAUGGUCCCUGGUUAUUCUAAAGCACUACGUGAAAUCUACUUCAUAUAUUUCAAAAUGCAAAUAUGGAAGUCUUGUCCUUUCAGGACCCCAGCAGAGUAUUUCUCAGCCUACACUCUUCAAAUAUCCCAUUUUUCAGACCUCCACCUAGAUUCAACAUUGAGAAUUUAAGGGUGGGUUUAUUCUCGCUCCAGAUGAUCUUUCAUUUUCUUCCACCAGGCUGGACAAUUUAACAUUAUAUAACUGGUUUCCUCUUCAGCAAUUGGAAUACUUAUAAACAAUCUGUGAUAUCCCAGUUAUUUAGCAAGUAGUGUGGGGAAAGGGCCAAAGAAUCUCAUGGUGACGGCUGUUCAGCCUGCUGUAGAUAGAUACAAAAUACACUUAUAAACUAUUAUUGUUCAUUGACCAUGGGAGACAUUCAGCAAGACUAUUCAACCUCUAUGCUGCAAUUUAAGGUGGACAACAUAGGGAUAUUCUAUCCACACUGCACUGUUAUUGAUUUUCUGUUAAGAUAUUCACAAAUAUUUAUUCACAGAUUGUGAGAUUUGUUAGAUCAACAAAUCAAUGCUCAGGCUAGAAUGUGGUGGUCACUCUGCCAGGCCUGAUAAACAGUCAAAGUCAAUAGGAAGGCAUAGCAUUGGCUGUGUUGACAUACACCAAUCAAGGCAACCUAG